AUGCUGCAGAUGUCCAGCCACUUCUCUUCUAGCCUACCUGCCCCCCACAAGCUCAUCAGUGAUAACAGACAGUUGGAAAGCAAUCCAGGCAUCUCAGCCAAUGCCUCAGCCAAUGCCAGUGUCCCUGUGGAAGGCAUGGACUCCAUGGUUGCCAAAUGUCUUACCAACUCCUCCAACACCAAGUGAUAUGUGAAUUCUCCACCAACUUCAGGCAGUAACUGCAUGAGGAUUUCCCCAGAUGGCAAGACUCUGGCCAUCCACAGAGUCAGUCGCUAUGACCACAAUCUUCAGUGUGCCAUAGAAGAUUUCCAGGAAAUACUUCAGAGAAGUGAGGUGAUACCCCUAAGUGUGGCCUAUGGCCCAGAUUAUGUGUCACUGCGGACUCAGCCUGGUGUCUUCGAUGCUGUGCUGACUGCUGUCACUGGCGCCAGUGUGCAAUCGGAAUGUGCCUGUUUCUCCAGGCCAGAACCCAACCACGUACACUGGAUCCAUCAUGGCUCCCCUAGUGUCUCAGAGGAGAGCAUGAGCCUCCUCAGUCUGGCCUGGGAGCAAAUGGGAAACUGGUGUCUUGUGGAGGACCCGGAGACCCAGCUGGCCUUCUACAGGAUGUCACCAUCCAGCGGCCUCACGAGUGCAACCACCUUGCUCUCCAGACUUCCUAGGCGGUAUCCAUGUCAGGAGGCUCUGCCCACUCACAGCCUCUGGUGACCUGAAAGGACCAGUGUUAGCACAGGGCACCAAGGCCAAGUUCUCAACACAACGGAAAUUUAUUUGCCCCAAAGGGACAAAGGGCAGGGAAUAAAA